AUGGGAAGAAGCUUCUCUCUAAAGAGUUCAAAAAAGAAAGGGGUCAGAAAUGUACCUAGAAAGUUCUUGACUCCUGAUGCAAAGCAAAAAAUCGAAGAAAUUGCAACAAUUCUCAACCACAAUACUAGACAAAUUAAGGAGUAUAUCAACAUUAAGACUACAAAUAAAAAUAACUGCUUUUCUAGAGAAGAAGACGAGAUCGUUCUCAAUUGUGUGAAGAAGGGGCUCAAUUCUCCUGGAAAGAUCAGUAAAAUUAUUGGCACAAAGACUUGUUGGAUGGUUAGGAACAGAAUACUCUAUUUUAAGAGAAGAAUUGAUAAUUUGGAAACAAUAGCUAUUCAACAUUUCCUCAAUCAGAUCCAUAAUACAAGUAGUUCCAGCGAUUCUUUUGAUCCGUUUGCCAUUUUUGAACAAUUUUCUGAAUCAUGGGAUACAGAAAAUAUGUCAUUUGGAUGUGGUAUAUUCAGCUAA